AUGAUCUGUUCUGUUCCGUCCGCCAAAUCGGAUUCCAGUUGGCUGGACCGGCUGCGGUCUUCUAAAGGUUUUUCCGUUGGCAAUGAUCUCGAUCUUGAACGAUUCCUAGACCAUAACUCCGAUCACCCUCUUUCCGUCGACGUCAAUGUUUCUGAUGUUAUUCGGGGGAACAACACCGACUCCCCCAAUCCAAACUUUGAUUCUGCACCGUUGGACAAGAAAUCAGUCUCCGAAGGGAGAAAAAAAGAGGUGAAUUUUGGCUUCAGGGGGCAUCGGAAGAAAGAAGACUUGUUUAACGUGAUGAGCAAUGUUCUAGCAGAGCUCUUCAAUAUGGGAGACCAGGGGGACCUUGAGAGGAUUAGAGGAUAUGAGAAGAAAAAGAGCUCUCGGAAACAGCGUUACCCAAAAAUUUGUUCGUUUUCUGCAUCUGCAAGCGUUGACGAUGGCCGCUUGCCCGGUGUAGUGAAAGCUGAUGGGAUGCCAGCAAUGUCACCUUCAGGCACCGAUAAUAACAGUGAAACAGAAAUGACUCAAAACGGUGGUUGCAUGAAGCCAAAGGAGAAAGGAAAGUGUGAUUCUCUUACACUUGUAGAGGAGAAGUCACAGACAGAUCUUUCGUCUUACUCUUGCGUCGAAGUAACAAUCAUUGACACGAGUUGUUCGGUUUGGAAAUCUGAGAAACUGCUUUUCAGGAAGCGGGAUGUUUGGAAAGUCCGUGAGAAGAAGUCAAUUUCGGGGAAUUUGAACGUGUUUAGAAGGAAGAGGGAGGCGAAGGAGUCUCGUAAGAAAGUUGGAGGAAUGAAGAAAACAAAGCUUUUCAAGUCUGAUAAAAAAGGUGGAGGAAAGAAGAAAAGAAAGCUUUCUCAAACACCCUUGAGCACAUCCAAGGAAGCAGGUCGGGAAGAGCUUACAUAUCCAUCAAACAAAGUAAGAGUCCCUAUUGCCAUUGUUUCAUAA